AUGGGAAGACAAGAGCCAAUCUAUAUGAAAUUUAUAAGAAGAAGCCAGGAAAGAAAAAGAGAGCGCGAGGGCCUGCUUCUAGCCAGCGUAUCAACAAGUCUUAAGAAGAGUAUUGGAUACACAAUCCUUCUAAACAUGGGAUGGAAUACAGAUGAGGGGCUUGGGAAGAAUAAAGACGGAAGAACUACAAUUAAUGGACUGGUUCAGCAAAAAAAAAGAGUGAAAGCACGAUCCCCAUACCAAAUGGACUAUAAAGCUGCGGAGGAGGAAUAUAACGCGCUUCUAAAGGAAAAGGCUGCGCUCAACAAAGGAUAG